AUGGGAAACUGUGGUACCAGAGAGGAAUCGACCGCCGUUGUUGCCCAUUCCCAAGGUACUCCCGCCGCUUCCAUCUCGUAUUUCUGUCGGUGGCUGUGUUGCCAUUUCGUUUGCCUUCUCAUCCCCUCAGUCACCAAUUUUGUUGCGACUUCAUUUCGUCAAUUCCUGUCUCUAUCGCUCUCUCGCGUCAUCAUUCUGUCAUUUCCUCUGCGCGUCUUUAUUUUAUUUAUUUUUAUUUAUCGAGAAGCUUCAUCCGAGAUGUGCCUUCCAUCUUCGGGGUUGCAAGAGGUAUCCUUGUUGGAUUUCGGAUUCCUGGAACGUGAAUGAUUUGGCGUUGUGAGCUUUGCCGCAUUGUCUGUGAUGCUAAAAUUCUCUAGGCUUCGCUUGUGCCUUUUAUUUUCCACUGUAGGAUUUUCAGUGGUCGUUAUGCCAAUUUCUCCUUUGAAAAAAUUAUAUUAGGUAUUUACAAUCUUCGGUUACAUCUCAUCUGUUAGUAGGAACAAUUAAGUGGAUUAUAUCCAGUAAGUACGAGUUGCUGGACCUUGUGAUCUAGGUUUUCUUCACAGUGAUAACUCUCGGCCCAUCCCCUCACAGAUAUUGGAAAAAAUUAUUCAUGAUAUUUUGACAAUUUUUGAUCCUGACCUCCCCCAUCCUCGAUUCGAGUGAGCCAACAAAAUCGUUGAUGUGUGUAAGCUUUCGUUUAUUUUUUCUUUCCUCUUUUCCCUGCUUCGCAGAAGCUCUCACAACUGUACACAUGUAUUUUAUGCAUUUUUCCCUUUGUCUCACCUGCAGCUCAACAGCAGCACAUGUUCCCACUGCAUGGCAAGAACACUCCCUCGGACAGAAAGUGCAACCGUUCCAUCUCGGAUUUGAGUGAUCCCUCCACGCCUCGGAUCAUAGAAGAUUCAAGAAACAUUUCCCUGUAUACCAACUUGAUCGCUUUCACAUUGUUCGAGCUAGAAACAAUUACGAAGAGCUUCCGUUCUGAUUAUGUCCUUGGUGAAGGAGGGUUUGGAACCGUAUACAAAGGAUACAUCGACGAGAAUGUGAGAGUCGGUCUUAAAUCUCUUCCUGUUGCAGUCAAGGUUCUUAACAAGGAUGGCCAUCAGGGGCACAGAGAAUGGCUUGUAAGUAUCGGAUUCUACACACUUUUCUACUCCAACUUCUUGCUUUCGUUCCUGUUCACCGAUUCCAAAUAACUUUCUUGUCAUAGAUUUUUUCCAUUUUAUCAAGUUGUCACUGGGGUUCUGAAUACCGACCUACUUGACUAAAUACGAUUCCUCAGUCAGAUAUGUUGGUUCUGCUCCGUUAGUAUGGAUAUGAAGACAACAUUUUGCAAUAUUCUUUUUCCUAAUUGACCUCUACAUAAAAAUAAAAAUUAAUUACCCAGGACUUGGAAAUCUAGGGUGAUGUUGCAUUGGAUUACCUGAAUUAGUUCUUGUGUUGUUUUUUUCUUUAGUUCAAAGGGUUUAAAGUGUUCCUAAUGAGGAAGACUAGAGUUCGAUGCUCAGUGAGAUAGUUCUUUGUUACACUUGAUGUCCAAAAUAUUCGAUUGAAAGUUAGUGACAUGUCAAAGUUUGUUUCGCAUGUAACUAAUGUGUUGCUCAAUCCUCCGUUUUCCCUAGUGAAGCUAGAAUACUUAAGCAAAACGGAUAUAUUGUCAAUAUUUUGGAUCUGUACGAUCUUUUUUUUCUUAUCUUAAUUUGCAUUAUCUAAUAAAGUUAUGCAAAAUCUUCAGAUGGUCUGUUUUUAAGAUUUAUUCUUUUAUUUCUCAGACAGAAGUAAAUUUUCUUGGGCAAUUGAGGCAUCCUAAUCUAGUAAAGCUUAUCGGUUAUUGCUGUGAGGAUGAUCAUAGGCUGCUUGUUUACGAAUUCAUGUUUCGAGGAAGCCUUGAGAACCACUUGUUUCGGAGUAUGUAUCUAUCUCUGCUUGGGUUGGUGGUUAUUAUUCUCACUUUUGCUGUUGCUUUUUCUUACUUGGGUCAUCUGUGAAUGAUAUCUUGAUUAACUCUAUAAACAUAUAUGCGCCAAUAAUACUAACUGAAGCUUCGACUGACAACUUUCAACCAGAAAACUGAUGCUCUGUUCGACUGUUAUUUGUCAAGAGGGAAGGGGAAGAAUGCUCGAGUCCAGUAUCUCUGUCUUGUGGCUGGGCAUUGAAAAGUUUGCUUACAUGAUAAUUGAUUUUCAGUAGCUUUUUGGACAUCGAUGAGCCUUCCGUGAUGCGAACGACUCAGUUGCUACGGUUCAAAGUCCCUUGAUGUUAAUCAUCAUUGCCAGUGUCUUCCAUGAUUUCCUGAAAAUAUUACUUUUUUCUAGGAAUUGAUGGGUUUAAGAAGAGAAAAAAAUUCGUCUUUACUUUACAGUAGCAUAAAGGAGUGGUUCUAGAAAUUAAAUCGAAAUCUGUGGUUAAUAUGUACAAUCUGCUUACAUCCUUCCAAUAAAUAAAACUUUCCUCUUCCCUUUUCAUGUUUUCCCCGUGCUCAAUAGCAUGUCCAACAUUUUCUUUGGUCAACAUUUUUCCUACUAAUCAAGAACAGGGUGCAAAAGUGACCAUGUUCGGAGAACACCCUGGCGAUUUGAGGUUGACUUUAGCUAACGUUGCUUCCCUGGAUUGAGGUAUUCAGAGACAGCAGCUCCGUUAUCCUGGGCGACGAGAAUGAUGAUCGCGCUUGGAGCCGCCAAGGGCCUGGCUUUUCUUCACAACGCGGAGAGGCCAGUCAUCUAUCGGGACUUCAAGACCUCGAACAUCCUACUGGACUCGGUGAGCUCCUCUCUCUACAUUCAGAUAGAAGUCGAACCUUUCCCCCACCUCUGGUCGCUCAUCCGGCAUGCCCUCGCAGGAUUAUACGGCCAAGCUCUCUGAUUUUGGCCUCGCGAAGGUUGGCCCGCAGGGCGACGAGACCCACGUGUCCACCCGCGUGAUGGGCACCUACGGCUACGCUGCGCCCGAGUACGUAAUGACUGGUGAGCUCACCAUCACCUAUCGCUUUCUAAAUCUGGGCACUACCGCAUGCAUUCUAAAUGGGUCGAUUUGGUGUACUAAACAGGGCAUUUGACCGCGCGGAGCGACGUCUACAGCUUUGGCGUAGUCCUCCUGGAGCUACUGACGGGGCGCAAGGCCGUGGACAAGACCCGGCCCAGCAAAGAGCAGAGCUUGGUCGACUGGGUCCGCCCAAAGCUCAGUGACAAGAGGAAGCUCCUGCAGAUCAUCGACCCACGCCUGGAGAGCCAGUACUCGAUCAGGGCCGCCCAGAAGGCUUGCAGCUUGGCGUACUACUGCCUCAGCCAGAACCCCAAAGCGAGGCCCCUAAUGAGCGACGUCGUGGAGACGCUGGAGCCGCUGCAGGGGAGCGGCCCCAGCGAGAGGUUCCCCCCGCCGAGCGCCGCCCACCGCAGGCUGCCGGGGAGCAACGCUGGUUGCCGGCCCACGCCCGGCGUCAAGUACCCGCCUGGCGCCGCCGCCGCCGUUCCACCUCGCAGAGUGAGAUGA